GAGUCCGGAUAACCAUUUUGCUCCCUCUGAAUUCUGAAACCCGUAUCCGGUACCGGGCCCAUAGUAAACCCUCCCUAAACCCAGCGUAUACCAGACUGAAACGACCUCGCUUCACUGAUACGAAACGCGCGCAGAGAGAUGGACUCUUCGUCGUCGUCGUCGUCCACGGCACCGGCGUCAAAAGCGCAAUUAGCUCUAGCAGCUUUCUUCGGAGCAUCGGUGAUGGCAAUCUCCGCCUUCUACCUCCACAAGCGCAGCCUCGACCAAGCUCUCGACCGCCUAAUCAAGCUCGUCCGCCACCAGCGUCCGCUGUCCUCCGCCGCAUCUGCUCUGGAAUCCGGCACCGAUGACGAAGGUGAAGCCGAGGACGUCAACGAUAGGAAUAUCUGGAGCCAUCAGAGUUUGCCGAAAACCGUUGUUCAGAAUGAGGAUGAUUCCUGUUGCGACGAUAAGGUGCUGCGGAAAUACAGAGUGUCGUCAUCCAUGCCUAACACGCGCCUUCCGAACGACUGGAUGGACGAGGACGCGAAACUUGAUCGGCCGUCGCAAUAUGGAGAUAAGGCGUUCCCGGCUGAACUGAUGGAGCUCAGUACGGUACCUUCUGGUUUGCCCCCUCUGCGAACGGAUAACCCAGACGGGGAGAACCAACACAAUGAUGGUUUUGAUAGGAAGAUGCUUCUGGGCUCAGCUGGUAGGCAAAUGACUCCAAAAUCCUCAAUUAUUUAUUCAUUAGAUGAUGAUCUCCAGGAUGAUGAAGAAACUGAAUUCACUCAAGAGGAUAUUGAAUUCCUCUAUGAGAAUGAUAACAGUCCAACUGUUCAAAAUAUCUCAAUCAUCGAAUCACAAGCAGAAAAUGGUAAUCAGCUUCACGGUCAACCACAUAAAGAAAUUACCGAUGAUGCAAAAACUAAUGUAGACCAUCACGAUAGAAAGGUGGAUGCAGUUCCGGGACACAUUAAGGUGACUGAUCAUGUCUUCGUAAAUGGUAUCUUACCUCAAGUGACUACAAUGCAUGAGCCAGUUAACAUUGAAGAGGAGGAGGUUUUGAAGAUGAUCCGUGAAAGUUUAUAUUUGAGAAAAAAGUAUGUUUUCAAAGAAAAUAUUGCUCCGUGGAUGAAGGCAACUUCUGGAGAAUCAAAUGUCAAACAGAAUCCGUUUCAGUUUGUUCCUUGUGAAGCAACUGGUCACCAUUUUAAGAUGGUGGAUGGAGUUGUUCGUGUUUAUGCCAGUGAAAAUGAUACUGAAGAACUUUUUCCUGUUGCAAACUCGACAACAUUUUUCACUGAUAUGCACCAUCUUCUAAAAGUGAUGGCUGCUGGUAGUGUUCGUACUGCUUGUCAUCAUAGGUUGCGAUUGCUUGAGGAGAAAUUUCGCCUCCAUUUGCUAGUAAAUGCUGAUAGGGAAUUUUUAGCACAAAAGAGUGCACCUCAUCGUGAUUUCUACAACAUCAGAAAAGUUGAUACCCACGUGCAUCAUUCUGCUUGUAUGAACCAGAAGCACCUCCUCCGGUUCAUCAAGUCAAAACUAGAAAAAGAACCUGAUGAGGUUGUUAUAUUUCGUGAUGGGCAGUAUCUUACGCUGAAGGAAGUCUUUGAGAGUUUGGACUUAACAGGGCAUGAUCUUAAUGUUGAUUUGCUGGAUGUUCAUGCUGAUAAGAGUACAUUCCAUCGUUUUGAUAAAUUCAACCUCAAGUAUAAUCCUUGUGGACAAAGCAGACUCAGAGAGAUCUUUCUCAAGCAGGACAACCUUAUCCAAGGUCGCUUCCUAGGUGAAGUGACAAAGGAAGUCUUGUCAGAUCUUGAAGCAAGUAAAUACCAGAUGGCUGAAUAUAGAAUCUCAGUUUAUGGAAGGAAACAAAGUGAAUGGGAUCAAUUAGCUAGUUGGUUCAUAAACAAUGGCAUUUAUAGUGAGAAUGCUGUUUGGUUGAUUCAGUUACCACGGCUAUACAAUGUCUACAGGGGCAUGGGAACUGUUACAUCCUUCCAGAAUAUUUUGGAUAAUGUAUUCAUUCCACUCUUUGAAGUCACUGUUGAUCCAAAUUCGCAUCCUCAAUUGCAUUUGUUCCUAAUGCAGGUUGUGGGUUUUGACAUUGUUGAUGAUGAAAGUAAACCAGAAAGGCGGCCUACCAAACACAUGCCAACCCCAGCUGAAUGGACAAAUGUGUUCAAUCCUGCAUUCUCUUAUUAUGCCUAUUACUGUUAUGCAAACUUGUUCACACUCAAUAAGCUUCGUGAAUCAAAGGGAUUGCCAACAAUCAGAUUUCGACCUCAUUGUGGGGAGGCAGGCGAAAUUGACCAUUUAGCUGCUGGAUUUCUUUUAUGUCAUAACAUUUCUCAUGGAAUCAAUUUGCGCAAAUCACCCGUUUUACAGUAUCUGUACUUCCUUGCUCAGGUGGGGCUGGCAAUGUCUCCUCUAAGUAACAAUUCACUUUUCCUGGACUACCAUCGCAACCCUUUUUAUAUGUUCUUCCAGCGUGGGUUGAAUGUUUCGCUUUCAACUGAUGACCCUUUGCAAAUUCAUUUGACAAAGGAGCCUCUUGUCGAAGAAUACAGUGUUGCAGCUAAAGUUUGGAAGCUGAAUGCAUGCGACCUUUGCGAGAUUGCAAGGAAUUCUGUUUACCAGUCGGGAUUUUCACACGCAGACAAGUUGCAUUGGCUUGGGAACCAAUAUUACAAGAGAGGCCCCGGAGGAAAUGACAUUCACAAGACAAAUGUACCUAACAUGAGGAUUUCCUUUAGACACGAUACGUGGAUGGGAGAGAUUCUGUAUGUAUAUCGAGGAAAAGCAGAACUUUGUGAGGAAGUAGACCAUUGAUCCAAAGCCUACUUUAACCAGUAAACUAUCUCAGCAUCUCUGCAUCUGGCCAUUUAUGAGUGCAUGCAAGAUCACUGCCUGCGAUUAUUGGAGUUCACAAGGAUUCAGAUGCAUCAUGGAACCAUUUGAUGGGUAGAUAUCUGUUCUCUUUUAUCUUUCCUGGGAGACUGACUGAAAAGCCUUUUUUGCUUUCAAAAUGGUGCAAAUAUUAUAUGUGCACCCAUAAAUUUUGAC